AUGCUAACCAGCCUAACUGAUCAGAAAGAUUCUCUGAGCAUUAGCAGGCCAUGGUGUUCUAAUUCAGAAAAUCCUACGGAAUUACAUGUUGCAGUUCGCGCUACGGACUUCCGAAAAGCAAACACUUUAUCAAUUUCCGGAGAUUCUGGCAAUUGGACGAUAUCUUUUACAAAAGAAGAUCUGACUUGUCAAUGGCCUGGAUUUCGUAGAGCAGUAAACAAGAAAUUGGACCAAGCGGGUGCGAAGGAUUUUUCGAUAUCUGAGUUUCUCAUCUCGGAAGACCCAAGAAAACAAUCGUCCUUCAAGCCUCGCUUGAUAGCUCCAAUCACAGACCGCCCUUCCGAAGCUGAUAAAGCGCAAGUUCGAUGCUUACUCGAUCCUAGCUUUCAACCCGCGUGGGAGGAGGAAGAUCCGAAGGGAUGCGGUUCGUCCUUCGAAAUUACUACACCUCAAACGGAGACUGAGUCGAAAGAUAUGACAUAUACUCCAGAGAACAAGAAUGCGGUCUUUGGCUAUUCUCCGUAUCCAGGGUAUGAGAUAGGCAGCAGAAACAUAGAGGAAACAUUGGCUGCAUACUCGCCCACUGGAAACGCGAAUUUGAUCCCACAACACAGCGAUAGAACUAACAGCCUAGCUAUUUCAGAUUUGACAUACCUUGAAAAUACAUUAGAUAUGGCUACUUCCGAUGAAGAGGAGAGUCCACCGGGGAGGACGAAGGCUACGAAAUCUUCUCGGGAAGGGUGA